AUGCACCGCCCCAGAGGUGACAUCACGGCAGAAAUACUGAGUCAUGGACCUGAAGUUGACACAUCUGCUCUGGCAGCAGGAGCAGGACUGCUGCAGCAGUUUGGAGAACCAAGAUGCCGGCGCUCCCAUCUGGCACAGGUUGACCCAAUCCCCCCCUGGUCUCCUAUACAACCAAAGGCCUGCAUUGACCCUCAAUUACCUGGAGGUAUUGAUCUUGCUUACGGAUUCAAGACGCACAUGAAGGAAAAUUACCCACACCACCGCAAAAUCUUCUGUGAUGGCUCACGGCUGGGAGACAACUCAUCAACUGCCUGUGAAAUAUUUAUGCCGGAUGAGGCUCGGGCUGUGGCUUGGCGCCUCCGCCCGAUGCAUGGUAUACUUUUUGCCAAACUUUAUGCUAUUCUGCAGGCCCUUGUCAUGAUAUCUGAGAGGGCGCCAGCACAGUGGGUGAUAUGUUCUAAUUCCAAGUCAGGCUUGCAACUAAUAGGAUCCCCAAGCACAUCUUGCACUUCUAUUGUAUUUGAGAUCCGUGCACGCUUACUGGCUCUGCAGUCUACACCUGGGGUGACUGUUGACCUGCAGUGGGUAAAAGGCCAUGCUGGAAUACAUGGCAACGAAGUGGCUGACAAGGUUGCACAGCUGGGUCACUCACUCGACUUCUCGGUACUCUCACACAUUGAGCAAUCAGAUCUCCAGAGCUGCCUACGAAGAGGAUUGCGCAAGCGCUGGCAAGAUUUGUGGAUGAUGGAGGUAAAUGCAAAUAGAAAGGGAGUCCACCUGACCACAAUACGCAGCAACUUGUCUCCUGUCCCAUGGGUGGUUGCACCUACCCGUAGAGCUGCGGUAGUCCUGGCCCGACUCCGCCUGGGCCAUGUAGGCCUUGGUGCAUAUUUAUUUCGCUUUGGUAUGUCACCCUCUCCAAUGUGUGGCAACUGCAAUGUGGAAGAUACAAUUGAGCACUACCUUCUCAUCUGUGGAUUGCAUCGGGAAGCUCGGCGGCUGCUGGAAAAUGCGGUGGCCACCUACGGUAUAGAUCCUCUUACAGUCCGUGACCUGCUGGGUGGAGGAGACUUCCCACAAAGUGCCCAAUUUGCAAUAGUAAAGGCCACAGUUGCGUACAUCAAGAGUACAGGACGCCUAAACAGCCUCUGA